AUGUUUAAUUCUAUUUCAUCAAUUGCAAAAGAAAUUGAUGAUAAUUGGAGAAACAAAGAAAUUUGUGUCACUCAAUAUGAAACAGAAGUGAAAAAGGCCAAAGGCGGCCACAGUGCUGCAAUAUUGGGAUUGAAAUUUUAUAAUCAAAAUUAUCUCAUUUCCUCUUCGUGUGAUAAGCAAAUUAUUGUACGGAAUACAGAAGAUGGUGAAAUAAUACAAAUCCUAAGGCAUCACACUGAUAAUGUAAUGGACAUAGCUUUAAAAGAUAAUACAUUAAUAACGGCCAGUAAGGAUUGUUCACUUGCAGUAUGGACAAUUAUUUCUCCAAAAAUAUUCGAUAGGCAAAUUUCUUUGAGACAUGAAAAUUCAGUAAAUGUUGUCGAUUUAAAUGAAAAAUAUAUUGCGUCAGGCAGCACUGACACAACAAUAAAAUUGUGGAAUAGGUCCACAUUUAGGAUUCAUUCCACUCUAACAGGACAUAUUCGAGGUAUUACCUGCUUAAAAUAUGAAAAUAAUAUAAUUGUUAGCGGCAGCGCUGAUCAAACUAUUCGAAUAUGGAAAGUAGACACGCUUUGUUGCCUCAAAGAGUUAAAAGACCAUUAUGAAAUGGUCAGAAGUAUAACUUUCAACGAAAAGUACAUAAUAAGCGGAUCAAAAAAUGAAAAAAUAAAAAUUUGGGAUAUGGUAGCUUGUCUCGAUCCUACGUCUAAUCCAAGAGAAUUGUGUUUUCGAACGUUGAACGCAAGUAAUGGAUUAAUAUUAAAAAUCAAAAUGGAUGAUCACAAAAUAUUAUCGUCUGCUAAUGAUGGAAAGAUUAAAAUUUGGGAUUUUUGGAAAACUGAUGACGAAUAUCAUAAUUAA